AUGCCGAAACUUUCAAGAAAUCCUCUGAGUCAAGCUAUUCGUCCAUUUCUGGAACACCAAGCAUCUUUCAACGAAUCAACAAAUAAUCUCCAGAACCUAGUCCAAAGCCUCCCAUCGGCAGUAAUGACGAACGGCACACAUCGACGUGCAAAGCGACAACUUACUUCAAUACAAUUACUUCGAGUUUUAGAGAAGUUUCUUCCCGAUGAGAUGCCGAAAAUCCAAUUCGAUUACAUUUCUUUGACAAUCGCUUGUUAUCGUCUGUUGGAGAAAAUUCGGUUAGCGAUCGAUCCCACUGGAACACAAAAUCCAAAGCGUGCGAAGCCUGGUGGAAUAGAACCGGCGUAUUUGUUUAUGACUUUGGAUAUACUAUCUAAAGGGAGGACCGGUGGCGAAAAUCCAUUGUUGAAGAUUGUAGCGGGGGUGCUAGAGAAGUUUGUGGGGGAGGAAAUUUUGAAAAAGUAA